ACCUGGCGACAGCGCACAUAGAGGUCGCGGGUCUGAUGCGCGGCGCGCGGCGGGCAGCGGCAGGCUCGGCAUGGAUGGCUCGCUGGCAGAGGCGCCGCAGGAGAACGGCAAGGAGGAGGGGGCAGUCAAGAUGUCCGGCUACCUGGAGAAGAGGGGCAAGUUCCGCCUGGUGGCCACCUGGAAGCGCUACUGGUUCGUGCUGGAAGGCCGCCUGCUGCUGUACUACGGCUCCGAGCAGGACUACGUGCGGCUGUCGGCGUGCCGCGGCUCCAUCAACAUGGGGCUGGUGUCGUGCGUGCGGCCCGGCGCGGCGCGCGGCGCCAGACUGCACGACGGCUACACCAUCGAGGUGGUGACGCGCACGCAGCGCGUGGUGCUGAGGAUGAAGGAGCGGCCAGUACAGGAGCAGUGGCUGCAGGCGCUGCUCGACUCCAUAGGCUGCCAGCAGGCGGCAGCACCGGCGGCGGGCGGCUCUCUGCACUUCCGCUACUCUAUGGACGCGCUUCCCACCGCUGCUAAGAGCGAGGCGGGCCCGGAGGAGGAGCGGCAGAGCACGCUGCCUCGCAGGGCUCGGCAGCAGGGCCUGCUGCAGCACAUCAAGAAGAUGGGCGGCCUGGAGGCCGUGCUGAAGGCGCGCAACAACAGGUACGGCUCGGCGCGGCAGGAGGGCGCUGCACAGGAGACCCCGGGCCAGCACGGGGCCGCUGCUCUGCGGAACGGCACGGGCGAGGUGGUGGAGAACAGGCUGUACGACCCGAGCGGGGACAGGCCGGAGACUGCCGGGCGGUACGAGGUCGUGGAGGCGCCGGCCGACAGGGAGGGCGAGGUGUACUACAGCUCGCUGGACGAGGAGCGGCCCCAGGAACCCCAGGAGCCGGAGCUGCCGCCCAGACCGCCCGCCGGCUCGGUGUCCGCGGCGGAGGACGACGAGGACGCCGACUACGCCGAGUACUGCAUGCUGGGGGCCGCGCCGGCUUCGACCGGGCAGCGCGCCGACCCUCGCCCCAAGGCCAGGCGCAGGAUGAGCUUCAUCCACCGGCUCAUGGGGAAGUACCACAAGAAGAAGUCCAAGCAUCACAACGGCGUCAACCACGACACUCGGCGGUCGGUGAACGACGGCGUGGAAUAUGACGUGAUAGACUACAAUUCCUUCGAGAGGGACGCGGGCAAAGGGAACAGCGGCGAAGAGGAACCUCACGAGGUGUCCAUGGCGAGUAUGAGCGGUGCCAAGAGCCUGAUGCCCAACAACACGUUCCAAGAGCUCCAGAAGAGACUGAGAGACAGGACGGGUCCCCAACCCUCACCACAAGACCCUGAGGAGCCGGACUACGAGGCGGAGUACGCGGGGUUCGAGGAUGCCCCUCGCCGCCUGCCCGUGCCCGCGCCACGGAGGAACCUGGCCCAGGGCUCCGAGCCGGAGCAGCCUGCGGGCCUGGCCACUGAGGGCGGCCAGCCAGGGGCGGGCGGUCCUCCCGAGCUGCCUCCGAGACGCCUCGUCAGACCCAGGUCCCCAUGGCACGACGUCCCCAGCAACAACUCGCCCAUUUACGGCAACUGCGAGGAGCUGUUCAGCGACGGGCCGCAGGGGUACGCGGUGGUGAGGAGCCGCUGGCAGGCGGCGGAGGCGGGGGGUGCCGCGCAGUGGACUCGCGAGCGACGCCAGGUGACCUUCCCCAGCCGCCUGGGGCAGCGCGCGGGGCCUGGCGACGCGUCGCCCCCGCCCGGCCCCGCGCUCACGCUGGUCCUGGCCACCGUGCACUCGGAGGACGGCGGGUGUGGAGGAGAGAACACCACGAGUGUCCCGCGAGUUGCUGAGGGCACAAAGCCGGCAGCCUCUCCUCCUGCCCCGGCUCUGAUGAAAACGAACACGUACAUCGAUCUCAUAAGUGAAGGUGAACAUGAAGCUAUAAACCUGGAUGAAGAAUCAUCAGAAUGCGAUGAUGAGAGUCAUACCUGUAUAACUGUUGGUGAAAUCACAUUAGCAGAUAUCCACGAUUGUUCAAGGAAGGUUACUGACAGACUACAGAACACAAAUGACAGUGCCUUAGGAAACGAAGAGGUGAGCGAGGACAUGGCGCCCGACAGCCUGAUGUCCGACGACGCCUCUCAGUGCUCCGCGAGCUGGGACAUGAGCCGGUGGGUGGCAGAGGAGGGCAAGAGCAGGGAUGCCCCUGCCUGCCCCGCAUGCAGUCCUGGGGACGGAGCAAGGCCCCUCCAGUGCGUGCUGCUGCCCGUGGCCAAGAGACACUCGGACGAGCUGAACGACGUCCAGGAAGACGUGGAGAGGGUGGAGCUUCGCAGACCUACGGGGGACGCCCUCGCCUGCCCCGCAUGCAGCCCUGGGGACGGAGCGAGGCCCCUCCAGUGCGUGCUGCUGCCCGUGGCCCAAAGACACUCGGACGAACUGAAUCUUCUCCUGGCACAGCUGGCAGAAAUAACGAGCGCACCACUGCUGUCUCCCGGUGUCACCAUCAGCCUCGUGGACUUCCCCGAAGGCCGCACGCACGGCUCCGAGCUAGACGAGUGGGCGGCCGUCGGGCCAAUCAGGCGUCGCCGCCACUCCGACCCCGACUACGACGUGCCGCGGCCCCACCGCUCCCUGCUGCUGCCUGGCGGGGACGCUGGCGAGGCAGCACAGGCGCCCAGGUGCCUCGGCCGGCCUCCGCCUCGCCCUUGUGCCCAGGACGUCAGGAGCGGCAAGGACCAAGUCCUGGAGCACGCAUGCACCCCAGCUUCCAGUAUUACUCCAGAUUCUCUGGAACUGGAGCAGUCUUGAUGUCCGGUUGUCCUGAUGCUGUGUGGGAAUGACACCCACAUUUCUUCAAGCAUAGUUGUUUAUUCUGGCAAUUGUAUAUAUUCAUUCUAUUUUGAUGGCCAUGUUCAGUUAUCUGUUCUUAAUUGGUAAAGAUGUGCAAAAUUCACAAUUUUUUUCUGGCACUGACUUGCAAACUGCAGUCAAAUCAGUCUUCUGUUCAUUGGCUGUGAUCUCUGGAUGUUCCCCAUGAUUGAUUGUUUGAAAGAAAGAUUUUUAAAUUCUUGUUAUUUAGUAUUUUCAGGUUGAUCACAAUGUACACAAGUUUUUAUGGUCCCAACAAGGCGUAAGAAAGGGGAGAUAUCAGGAUACAUCCCUGACCAACAUUCAUUAGAAUAGAGGUUGUCAUUUGUCAUUGCCUUUUUGAUGGCAGUUUAAAUGCUGUGAUAAAGUGAAGUUUAAAAAGAAUAGCCUUUUCCUGGUUCAAACUGUUGCUAAAUAGUAUGUGAAUUUUGCAGUUCAUCAUUGAUUUUUUGUAUAAAAUGAAAAUCCUUUUUUCCUAGUGAAUUACUAGGCAAUAUUACGGUUCUGUUAAUGUCAGUUUAGAGAAUUGAAAUUAUUAAACUACCACGAAACAAUCCAAUGCUACACACAAUAAACAAUAAAUUAUGAAGACCACACUGCAAGUACGCAAGUAUGAAUGCAGGGAAUAGAUAGUCCGUACCUGCUUCUCGAGAAAUAAUGACAAAGAUAGUGUAAACCUGGGUUUGUGCAGUUCUGACGUGUUAGUAGGCAAUUGUUCGGAAUAAUUCAUUGCCUCGGUGCUUGGAAGUUCCGGUUUCUGGUGGAAGUUCUUUGAUUUUUUUUUGGUGCACAAGUUUUCCCUCAUAGUAGGACAAAAAUUAUGUUCAUUGCUAAUCAAAUUAAUUCGAAACCUUACAAGUUAAUGUGAAACACACAAAUCAUGUUUAUGGUUAUGGCCGGUAAUGUUUACAAAAUUAUGUUUUUUUUUAAAUGGGGUUUGAAAAUUUGAACGUUACGUAAUUUUGGGGGGGGGGGGGGGGGGGAACAUAACACAAUUGUUUUCCCCCAGUAAUUUAGUUUCUCUCAACAGACCUGCAGAGGGACCCCAUGAUGUAUUUUUGGAAUAAUACAGUGUUUUCUCGCAUAAUCGUCGCACAUAUUAUUCUAAAAUCAAGUUUGAAAAGUAGGAGUGUGACGAUUAUGCAGAAAAAAAAUUUUUUGUUAGAUAAAGAUAUUCAUAAAAACAAAACCCAUUCAUGGAAAGUUCGUUUAUUUAAAAAGGGAAGUAUUAAAGGGCACGCCAAACAAUUUUAAUUAAUAAGUCCUACAACAAAAACCUUUAUUCAACUUUAAAAAGAAAAACAUCUGUGAUCCAAAUGCAAGCCGAAUGAAUGCGUAACUAUCGUAGUACACAACACAAAAGCAUACGGGCUAUCAAAUUUAGCUAACUCGGCACCUGAUAGAGAGCGCGCGUUGCAUGAACUCGGCGAGAUAUCAAUAUUCGGCUACGUGCGCGCGCUCUAUAUGGAAAGCAACAUAACCAAACAUUAAUGAUUGCAACGAGCGCUGGCUACAGUUUUGUACGGUAUACCAUCGCGGCGACGCUGACGAACGGAUGAAGGUUAUACAGUAGAAUCUCAGUACUAAGUACUUACAGGGACCUCCAGUUUUUAUACUUAGUACUGAAAGUACUUAGUACUGAAAAAUACAUACAUAUAAUCACUUUAAAUAAAAAAUUACAAAAUGAAUCAAAAAUAGCAUUAUUAUAACACACUGCAUUAAUAUUGAUGACUUAGUACAGAAAAAUACAUACAUAUUAUCACUUUUAAAGAAAAAAAAACAUAAUUAUAACACAUGGCAUUAACAUUUAUGACUAAGUACUGAUAAAUACAUACAUAUUAUCACUUCAAAGAAAAAAAAUCAUAAAAUUAAUCAAAAAUAGUUAUAACAACACAUGGCAUUAACAUUGGCGAAUACAUUACAUCAGUUUCUGCAAAACAAAAGUUCAUUUAUUUUUUAAAAAAUUUUGUUAUUUCAGUUUGUUUUUGAUUUUUAAUGAUGCUCUGUUGAACAAAAUGUUCUAUGUUGUGCAAAGAUUUCCUGAUCUCUUCUGGGACCUUUUCAUGUUUAGAGAUAAAUUUGUUUAGUUUUUCUACACUCAGAACAGCUUCCGUUGCAGUCACAGGUAGCUCUUCACAGUCAGAAUCAUCAUCUGAUUCAGCUUUUGAUGACUGUGAUUGAAUGACUUCACUGAUGAUAUCACUGUCGGUCAACCCUGGUGUUGUUUCUAUUUCGUUAUCAGCAGAGGCAUAGUCUGUGAAUGAUACAGCAUCAAACUGCAUGGAGGCUGAUACUUCCUGCCAUACUUGGGGGUCAAUAUCAUUGGUUUCACAUGUUUGUGCUGCAGCUGCAGUCUGGCUUGCAUCCUGGUCUGAUGAUGUUGCAGUGAUCUCAUCAGCAUUACAGUUUACAAUGCCAGACUUCCUCCAGCAGUUAGCAAUUGUCUCUUUCUGGACAUUCCACCAGCCACCGGUGAUCAUCUCAAUAGCCUGACGAACAUUGAUGUUGGUGGGCAAUUUCAAUCUCAAAUUGAUGAGCAGCCUUUCGACCAGGCGUUUUCGAAAAUUGACCUUGGCAUUUUGAAUAAUGCCUUGGUCAAGUGGCUGCAACUGAGAAGUGCAGUUUGGAGGCAAAAACAUAAUUUUGAUGUUUUCCAAUCUAACAUCAACACUGUGUGCUGCGCAGUUGUCAAUCAACAAAAGAAUUUUUCUUCCUUCUUUUUGCAUCUCUUUAUCGGUUUUAACCAACCAAUUGGAGAAAAGUUCUCUUGUCAUCCAUGCACGAGUGUUAUUUGCAUAAUCUGCAGGAAGACAAGAAACUCCCUUGAAGCACCUGGGAUUCUUGUGUUUGCCAAUGAUUAGGGGCCGCAGUUUUUUUGUGCCAGUGGCAUUGCAACAGAACAAGACAGACAACCUUUCCUUUGCUUUUUUUCCUCCAGUGCACUUCUCACCUUUAUACGCCAUUGUUCUGUUUGGCAAAAGCUUGUAAAAAAAAGCAGUUUCAUCAGCGUUGAAAAUAUCAUCCAUUGAGUAAGACUUAAAAAUUAUUUCCAGCUUUUCUUCCUUCCACUGGUUUGCCGCCUCUGUGUCUGCAUCCUUAUCCUCCCCACACACAACUUUCCAUGAUAUGCCAUGUCGUUCCCGGAAGCGAUGCAACCACCCUGAACUGGCUUGGAAGUCCGUUAUGUCCAUAAGCAAAGCAAAUUGCUUUGCUUUUGCUUGUAGCAUGGGACCAUUUACUGGAACAUUUUUUGAACGAGUUUCUUUCAACCAUUUGUUCAAAGCUUCUUCUAGACCUUGGUGAUCUCCGGAACGAAGCCUUUUGCGGUCACAAUCAAACAAAGAUUCGUCGUACAUUUUUUCAAUUUUUGCACGGUCUUUCACAAUUGUACUUACAGUCGUCGCCGCAACGCCGUAUGACUUCGCAACUUCAACCUGCUUUUUACCUUUAUCCAGUUCUUUAAGCAUUUCCACUUUUUCUUUAAGCGUGAAUUGUUUUCUUUUUCUUUUAUUUCCAGAUUCACUCAUUGUAGCACUAACACGUGGCGUCUAAAAACAGUAACAUGAAAAUGAAUUCCAAACAACACUCAACAGUAAUCACGGCACGGAUUUAACCAUACGUACAUUAGCGGGACACUUUCCACUGAAUUAAAUACACUUUUACCUCGCGCUUUGUGUUUCGAUGUAUCGAAUGCCGAUGUGUUGUAUACAUUACGUGUUGCGUACGUAUGUAUAUUCAUCUAUGGUACAGGCGCACAAACGUUUGUUUUGAUUAUAUUUAGAGGUUAUAUUUUACGGUGCGGUGGUGUAAGUGGUUUCUGUUUAUUCUUUCGAUCACAUUCGCUAUUUAGCUCGACGUUUGUUUACUAUUUUAUGUAAGUUUUGUGGCAGCAGUGCCAAGCUGCCAGUGAAAAUUAUACGUUAUAGUGAACAUUAAGAUACUUUAAACUGAAACAAUUUUGCAUUGUAAACAUACACUUUUUGGCGGGGAUUUGAAAAAAAUACGUUAAAGUGAAAAAUACGUUAAAGUGAGGUACGUUGUACCGGUAUUCCACUGUAAUGUUUAAAAAGUCUUUAAAAGAAAAUUUACACGUCAGACAACUUCGUAUUUCCGUUAAUUAAAUAAGUAAGUGGUAAUGUCCGAAUGUAUAUUAGAUUUCUAUUUUAAAAUACAUUGCUUUAUACGGAAAAAAUACCCACACAAAGCACUUGGAAUCUAAUAGCGGGACCAAAAACAUUAUGCAACGUUUACGCGAGAGGUUUUGUUUUAUCCAAAUUUUGACGCCCUAAAAUAUGGCUGCGACGAUUUCGCGCGUGCGACCAUUAUGCGAUAAAAGACGGUAAGUUGAAAUUUUGAUUUGGAUUGAAUGUUAUUCCUUUUCAUCUAAGCAAUUGCCUGAAGAAAUGAUUUGUACGUUCUGCUGCUUGGAAGGGAACGGGAAAGGGCUCAAAUCUCUCCUUGUAACGCAAAGCAGCAUCUCUCUGUUGCUCUUGACACUGGCCAAUAAGAGGAAUUGUGACUCAUUCCAAGAGUCCACACCAACCACCAUUACAGUUAGCUAGUUAGUUUUAUAUAUAUCACGUGGGUUGUUCCAGCGGAAGCUAGUAACCCAAGUGCAAGCAGGAGUGUUUUCACGAAUUAAAAAUGUGCGCAGACUUUAGUUCCUGUUAGUGUGCCUGAAAUGACGAUGCUAUGUGAAUUCUCGGAUGUUUGAGACAGGGGCCUUAUGUAUUAUUAUGUAAAUCACUUAUUUCAAUUUUUUUAUCAAUAAAAAGCUAUGUAUGUAUAGAUUAUGCCUAUCAGAACAUUACAAGGCAAACAGUACAAGAUUUGCUAAACUAUGUUUUAUUUUAAACUCUAAAACACAGGGGCCAUGUGCCUGACUGACAUAUUUCAACAAAAAGUUGAUUGCACUACAGCUAUACCAAAAAUGUUUGUACAAAAUGUUUAUUGUGACAAGAAUAAAAUUAUUUUUGUUGAA